GCGCGGCCGCUCCCCCCGGGCCGGAGCGGAGCCGCAGCCGCGGGCAGGCACCAGGUGAGCGCGGGCGGGGACAGCCGGCCCCGCUGCCCUCAUCCCUCCCCUCAUCCCCUCCAUCCCCGGCGGGGCUUUCCCCGCGGCCGGGGCUCCGGUACCGACCCGCGGCAGGAGGACUCUGCUCCUGCCAGCACAGCUCUUUCGCUGCUCCGUGGGUGAACAGGUGAAGCCAGCCUAGAGAGGGACUUCACUCACCUUUUAAUGAACAUCAAAAAACAGCACUGCCACGGCCUCCUACCCAGCAGAGCUGCUCCCCAGAGCCAGAGGGAUGGUGGUAGUCACGGGGCAGAACAAAGUGAGUGCGAACCCGGAUGAUGCCAUGUCGAGCUCGGAUGCAGAGGAUGAUUUCCAAGAGCCGGCCACUCCCACCGCCACCCAGGCAGGACAAGCGCUACCUCUGCUGCCUCAGCAGUUCCCAGAAGUUGUCCCACUGAACGUGGGAGGGAUGUUUUUCACCACCAGACUGUCCACGCUGCGGAGGUACGAGGACACCAUGCUGGCAGCAAUGUUCAGUGGCAGGCACUACAUCCCCACAGAUGCUGAGGGCAGGUACUUCAUCGACAGGGAUGGCACCUACUUUGGAGACAUACUAAACUUCCUACGAUCUGGUGACCUGCCCCCACGAGAACGAGUGAGGUCAGUGUACAAGGAAGCUCAGUAUUAUUCCAUAGGACCAUUGCUAGACAAUCUAGAGGAUAUCCAGCCUCUUAAAGGAGAAAAAGUUAGACAAGCUUUCCUGGGCCUAAUGCCAUAUUACAAAGACCAUCUGGAGCGAAUCAUCGAGAUAGCCAAGCUGCGAGCCAUGCAGAGGAAAGCCAGGUUUGCCAAGCUGAAGGUGUGUGUGUUCAAAGAGGAGAUGCCCAUCACUCCCUACGAGUGCCCCCACUUCAACUCGCUGCGCUUCGAGCGGAGCGAGAGCGAGACGAAGCUCUUCGAGCACCACUGCGAGGUGGACGUGUCCUUCGGGCCCUGGGAGGCCGUGGCCGAUGUCUACGACCUCCUGCACUGCAUUGUCACCGACCUGGCUGCGCGCGGCAUCACCGUGGACCACCAGUGCAUCGGCGUGUGCGACAAGCACCUCAUCAACCACUACUACUGCAAGCGCCCCAUCUACGAGUUCAAGAUCACCUGGUGGUGAGUUGUGGUGGCAGAGCAAAGGGAUGCAAGGACUUCCAGAGGACACAAAGAUUCUUGGCAGUGGCAUUGCUGCUCACAUUCCUUGGGAUCAGCCUGCUUGGCAGCAAAGGGAACCUGGUGCAGGGGUUGGGAAAACCUCUUGAAACUUGAAAAACCAGCCCGAAAUCAGACUGUUGGCUCAGGUACCUUAACGAGGCACAAAACAAAAUCACCUCAUGGGAAGGAUGGAGGGCAGUGUCUGAACAUCUGCUCAAAGGUGCCACCAACUACGUGGCUUCAGGAUGGAAUUGCAGAUUUUUUUCCUGCAUUGGUGGGAAUCUGGGGUGCUACUAAAGCUGACGUUUCAGUUUUACCCUCUUAGAAAUGUUUUAGUUCCUCCUUCAACUUUACCACUUUAUAAAAUUUGAGUCGUACCCAGCACAAAGAUUCUGGAAAUGUCAUUCUGAUGUACUAGAUAAUUAAAAAAACAACAACAAAAAAAGGAGUAUUCCCUAUAUAUUAUUAAUUGUUUGUCAGGGUUAAGCUGUAUUUCUUUUUAAUUAAGAAUCUACAUUGUGAAUUAUAAUGUUACACUUCAAUUAUUUCCAUUGUUAUCAAAAGGAAUAGCAGAUUUGGAAUAUAUUCCUUAAUGCUUUUAGGAAUGAUAACUGUUCAUGGAAGACUUGUGCCUGUUUUUAGCCUUAGAAAUUCUAAAUGUUUACAAUAUCUACAAAAAAAAAAGCUGUUUAGAAUCAGGUCAUUUACAAAGGCUUUUGGUAAAUGAGAAAACCCUGUAUGUAUGUUCCUAUUAGCAGUAGUGAGAGGAAUAUUUAAUGUAUAUUAUUUUAUUACUGACUCUUUUUACAUUCUGUGAUAUUAAACUUUAUUUUAGACUUAAAGUCAGAUGAUAUUAGACAAGUGCUUCCUUCACUUCACCUUCUUUGGACAAUUAAAUCUUAAUUUUAUCAUUCUUGUUGACCCCUCCUGGUGUCAUAGUGGAAAAAGAAAAUUCAACCUUGAUAUUCAAAUAUUUCUCCACUCUAAAGCAGUAGGAAACUUCUUUCCAUGCUGGAAGAGGCAGCCACUGCAGAAUUAUAUUUUCUUCAGAAGGUAAUUUUUGUACUUCUGACAUGAGCAACCACAUCCCAAAUUUUAAUUCCUGAAUUCAGCCCAAAACUGAAAUGGAGAAAAGUCUGAAAAUCUUAUUGUUUUGUGAGGUACAGAAAACUCAACCCACUUGAAGGGGCUUCAAAAUAACCUUAAAGAGAGAGGAAAAGGAAAUAUUUGCAUAUUACAGUCCAUUGGAUUAAUUAAUCCAAGAAUACUGCUUAAUUCAACUUUUGACCAAAAUCCUUAAGAAACAUUAAUGACAGAGAUCAAAAUUCUCAGUUAGCUGAGGCAAUUUUUAGAAUAACUCUAAGAACUUUAGGAUCAAAUUGUCUUGCAAAAGAAGAGACCCUUUUUUUGCCUCGUCACCCUUUGAGGUAUUGAAUUUAGGAAUGAAAUUGUCUCUCUGAGGUGAGCGUUUCCCUGCUGAUCUCUGCAGUGUUUCCUUUCACAGGGAUCACUGUGCUGAGUUUCAAGGCCAGAGAUAAAUCUGAACAGAGGGAGUUCUGCACAUUUGGAUCUAAAUUUAAGUUUGUUUCAAUUGUUGCCUGAAUUAAUGGCCUUGGUUUUACAAGUUCUUGCAGUUGUGUUUGGCAACCCAAAAUUAAAAAUUAAGCUGAGACUAAAGUUUCUCUACAAUGAGAGGAAGCUUUGCUUGGUUUCUUUGCUGCUUUGCUGCCUACAUUUUUUCUUUUUUCCCAAGGAAUCUCAAACUGCAAACCACAAUUUCUUAUAAAAUUAAAUAACAUCUUAAAUCUGAGCCUCACAAAGUUCUGGCUGCUUGUGCACUUCAGAUAUUUAAGUUCCGGAUUUUCAGAUUUACAGAUUUAAAAUUUCAGAUUUUCAGAUUACAAUGAGAAUUGCAGUUUUACUGGGAUUUUCAGUGGGGUUUUUUUUACCACUUCCCAUAAAUGUAUUUACAGAACUCUGGUUUGGAUUCCAGCACUCCUUGCAGAAAUGGAUCACAAUUUGUUUUUCACAGUGUGUUUUUUGGUUUGGCUUUAGGAAUUUUCCUGCUGUUGUUCAGGAGAAGCUGUGAUGACAAAAUUCCUGUUUCAGUCAAUUUUAUUACUUCUUUAUAUGCACACGUUGGGAUUUUGUAACUUUUUCCUGUUCAUUGCUUCAAUAAUUAAGGAAGGUGACCCAACCAAAAAGAGAAAAUGAAAAUCUUGGUCUGUAUCAGCUGUGUCUUUAUCAAAGUUCUCAUCCUCCUGAAGAUAUUAAGUGCAAUACUGGAAAGGAAAACAUGGAUUUAAGCCCACAUGCUUUAAUUAGUGCUGGAAUUUGGGAUUUGUGCAGGUUAACAACAUUUUAAUGGUUCCAAGCAGUCUUUGUUUACAAGGAUUGAGCUGCUCUUGCCUAACCUGUGCUCAUUUUUUGGCAGAAGCAGAAGAAUUGUGCAGGUGGAUGGCAGGGGAGUGUCAUCUAAAAACUGGGUUAUGUAACAUGAUUGAUUUCUCUUUUCUGGGCCUGUAGCGUUUGAAAUUCUACAUUUGCAACAAAAAAAUGUGAGUAGCUGAUCUACUAAAUCCAUGUUUGAGAGGACUGAUGGGUUUUGUAUAGAAUUGGCUCAUUAAACUAUGGAAUACUGCUUUUUUUUUUUCCUUUUUUCUUCCCCCUUUUUUUUUAUUUAGGACUUUUCUUUAUAUCUGGGCAGGCCAGAGUUUUGCUAAAACAUUUUUCUGUGCUCCCUUAGCUUUUUUUGCCACUUUUCCACCCCCACACUCCCAAAUCCCUGUGUGUGUGAGCAGUAAAUUGUCUCCUGUCAUCAAUAUUGAAUAUUGGGGGAAUGGUGGAACAGUUGAUAUUUAUUUAAAAUGAGAAUUAUUAACUAUUUUUUACAUUGCUCCGUGUGUGUGAACAAAAACAUGACAAGACCGAUGUUUUUAACAUUUCCUUUAUAUCCCCUGUGGAGUGGUUUUUAACAGGGAACAAAGGGGGGUCUCACAUGAAGUGAGUUGGCCGAUUCCACAGCACAUGAAAUGUUUCUGCAUCUGUUUUAUGCUUGUGAAAUAGGAAGAGGGGAAAAAAGGAAAAUAAAGAAUAGGAAAAUAAAAAAAAGGAAAAUUACCCUUCUUUAUGAAGCACUCAAAAAUGACAUGAAAAGGUGUUUAUGCACAGCAGCCACUUCAUGGCUGUUGAUCUCAAGAGUUUAAAAAAAAAUCUAAAAUUAACUUUUGGACUUGGUAUAGACUUUUAACUUGAAUACCCAAUAUUCUGCACAGGAAUCUGAAAUACUCCUUGCUGAACUUCCAUCCUCCUCAGAGGAAAGUGAAGGUGCCUCCAGCUUUGAUCUGGGAAGCCUUUGAGCCAUGAACAGAUCCUUAUGGUGCAUAUGCUGGAUUUUUAACUACAGUUUAAUUUUUAUUUUAACCUAUAAUGAGGGAUCAGCUUCUGCAUUGAUGAGGAUGUGAGUUCUUUUUUUUUGGAAGCACUUCAGGUUUAGUUACCUUAAUAACAAAAGCAGUCAGUUAUUGCAGCAGGAAUUUCUGCAUCACCCCCUCUUGAGGGAUUUUUUUAAGUUUUAGGGAGUCUGCUUGGGAGACACCUCAUGAUGUAAUAUAUGCAAAUACCUGGAUUUGUUAACGUGAAUAUUUCUGAGAUUUUGUUGUUAGUUGUGUAAUAAUCUCUCCUGAAUCUAACAAGAGUGAUAAGGGUUGAGUUAAACACUGGUUUUGUGAUAAGCCAGCUCAUGCCUUAGGUAUCUCCUGCCCUCAUUUGUAAAAUCACCCAUCCCAAAGGCUGUUAAGGUUACAGGAAAACCAGGAAUCUUUCUUGGCUGUCCACAGUGAGUGAUGAGGAGAAUCAGGGCUCCUUAAUCCACUCCAGGCUCCAUUCUUGGAGUCAAAGUGGUCACAGGGUCUGGCUCUCGAGUCCUUGAAGGCAAAACUCAAACCCUCCUGUCAUGAGGAAUGAGCUGAUUUGCAGAUCAGCUAAACCUGGCCUUGCUGAGGGAUUGUUAAAAUUCCAGCAAACUGAAGGAUGUGGAUAGUUUAAACUGCUCUGAUGGCUUUGUUAAGCCCUGAUCUCCUCUGAGUUGGUGCAGUGGAUGUUUUCUGAUACAGAGGUUGGGCAGUCCUUUUAUUUGAGCUUUUUGGUGUAUCUGAGUUUUCCCAGUGAAACCUGAAGCCCAGUGAGCUGAUUUCCAGUGAGUCCUGUGCACUGAGCACUGGUUUUUGGAAAUAGGGAAGUGGGAGGGAAUUCCUUCUGCAGUGUGAUUCCCAGGGACAAUCCUCACUACCUCUAAAGGAAAACUUUGAGAUCCUGAUCCCCACUCCCCCACACCCCCUCUGUUGGAUGAGUGUAGGAAGAGAUGAGGUGUCUGGGCUGAACAUUCCCAGUUAAUGACUCCAACUGGAUCCCCCGUGGUCCUCACCCCCUUCUCUAACCUUUCACAGCUACAAUUCCACGUGCAGGAAAUUUAUCUCUUCUCUGCUGCACCCUCAGAUUUGUUUGCCAGCUUAUUUUAAACUCAUUAUUAAACUGAUAUUUUAAUAUUGCAGUAUGGUGACUGUUAGUGUCUAAAGAAUCUUAUUUUUUAAAUCCUACUACUCUCAAAAAUACCUGAAUAAAUGGAUUAAACUAACAUAGAGCACAAUCACUUUAAUUUCACCCUUCUGCUUUAUUUUUUCUUCCUAAUGACUGUUAAGAAGUGCAAACUCUUACUUCUUUUAAACACUUACAUAGGAUAUAUGUAUUCAGCCUAAGCAGUAUUUUGGGGGCUGAGGGCCUUGCUGUGAGCUGAAGGACAGCUGCAUGAUCCCUCAUCUGGUUUUUUCCCUAAAAAGCUAAUCACUGAUAUAAUUAAAGGUCAUGGUUUUCUAGCUUCAUUUGGCAUUUGCAAGCUCUGGGAGCCCUCGUUGCCAGGUUUAUCCUCACUGCUCGUUGUUUAGAGAUGACAGGGAACAUGAUGAGGGAGAUGAUGGAAGUGGCAGCAGGGAAAAAUUCCUGUCAGAGCUGGUUGUUCCCAUUGCAGAGUUGUUCUUUGUGUUUGGUUUCAGCUCUUGUGUUGGGAGGCACAGGAACAUCCACCCCGUUUGUGUGAGCCCUCCACCACUCACCCAUUUCUGUGUAAGUUCAUGUGCAGUGGUUCUGGGAGAGGAAAGGAAAAUCCAGUGGCUGUGGAUUGCACGGGGAAUGCAGCAGUGAUGGGUGAGGUGGCUGCAGGGUCACACUGCUUGAAUCUGGUUUAGAGGACCUUUAUGUCACAGCUGGAUCUUUCUUUUCUGCAUGGCAAAGCAGAGCAAUCACUUGGGACACAACUGCCUGGCAGGUAAGGGAAGAUUUCAGAGCAGACAGCACAGAAAAAAUGAUCUCUUAACUCAUUAUAAACUCUGGAAUAUAUUUCUUUUGCUUCUUUUAAUGACUGCUUUACUUUGGACAAUUUACAGACCCCACUGGCUUUAGGUUGUGGUUGGCAUUACUGAGCCCUGAAGAUGUUUUCAGGUUUUUCACACACAGCACAGAGGACCCAGGAUACUUCUAAAUUUUGGGCUAUGAAAAAAACCAACCCGGUCUUUCAUUACCUUUCUGCAAAUAAGCUGAUUUCAGAGGGUAACUCUGUUCUGUUAUUAUCUCCUGUAUAUAAUUCUCUAAGUGGAAAUCACUUUCCAGAACAGCAGUUCGUAGUUAUUUUACUUACACAAGCUUAGUAUAAGUUUACCUCCACUCUCACUGUGACUUUUAUAAAUGGAUUUUGUUUUGCUGAAUUAUAAAUUAUAUGUGUCUAUGCAUUGUAACCCGUAAUGCCUUUGAAAAUCCAGCCUGGAUGCUAACGAUCAGGGUUUGGAAUUAUCUCCAAAUGUGUUUUGUUAAUAAUUAUGUUGACGUGUGAUGUUCAAUACUGUGAGUACUGCAGUGUAUUAUUUCUUAAUACUUUUGACUUUUCAGUUCAGGUAAUAUAUAGUCUAUAUGUUUUUUAUUUAAAACACAUAGAAGAAAAUGUGAAUAUAAAAGUUGUGUUGUGCAAUAAAAAAUUAUGAUACUGAAAA